AUGGCCCACUACCAUACUUACACCAAAUACCACCGUCCGGCACCAGAGCAUGUCCAGAAGGCCGCUGCUGCGGAUGCUGGCACGGGAUCCGUUUCGGCCACGGCUGAGCAGUACGAUUCCGAGUACAUCUGUCCGGUGACUGUUGGCAAUGAUCAACUCAAUCUUGAUUUUGAUACUGGUAGCUCGGAUCUCUGGGUCUUCUCCACCAUCACCCCCAGCAGCGAGUCCUCCGGCCACAACCUCUACAACCCCAACUCCGGCUCCUCCGAGCAAGGCGAAACCUGGUCCAUCACCUAUGGCGACGGCUCCGGCUCCUCAGGAGUCGUCUACGCCGACACCGUCGUGGUUGGCGGCGCCACCGUGACCUCCCAAGCCGUCGAAGCCGCCACCAGCGUGUCCUCGACGUUCACCAGCGGCAACAGCGACGGCCUGCUCGGCCUCGGCUACGAAAGCGGCAACACCUGCACGCCCUCGCAAUGCCAGACGUUCUUCGGCAACUUCCAAUCCUCCGCCUCCUCCGCCCUCUUCACCGCCGACCUGCAGUCCUCCGGCGGCAGCUACGACUUCGGCUACAUCGACGCGAGCAAGUACUCCGGCUCGAUCACCUACGUCCCCACCCUGCAGCAGAACCCCUCGUACUGGGACUUCACGGCCGACAGCGACGCCAACGGCAACGCCAUCGGCUACUCCAUCAUGGACACGGGCACCUCGCUCUGGUACCUCCCCUCUGCCUCCGUCUCAGGCUACUACGCCAACGUCCCCAGCGCGCAGGACUCCUCCUCCGCCGGCGGGUACGUCUUCAGCUGCGACGAGAGUCUCCCCGAUUUCUCGGUCGGGAUCGGUGGGACGACGUUUACGGUUCCUGGGGCGGCGCUGAAUUUCCAGCCGCUGGGGGAUGGGAGUGGGGAUUGUUUUGGGGGGUUGCAGGUUGAUGAUGGGUUGCCCGGGAGUAUUUUUGGGGAUGUGUUUAUGAAGAACUUCUUCGUUGUGUUUGAUCUUGGGAAUAACCAGGUUGGUGUGGCGAGUCAGUCGUAG